AGAGGGGGGGGGAGAACUCUUCUCCACAACAACCAAAACCAAAGGAAGGAAACUACAUCGAGCUGAAGAUGUUUAACGGAGCCGCUGCUUCUUCACCUGCGUUUCUCAUUUCUUCUCAGUCUGGCAGCGGAAGAGACGAUCUAAAUGACAGCUGAAGUUAUCCGCGCGUUUCUCACACCUGCGGCACGCGGCCACACCUUCGCCUAGCGCCACAGCUCCACGACACCGGCGGCCAAAUGGGGGGCCAAUGCUGCAGGGUGAUAAAAAGCUACGUCUACGAACCCUCCGAGGCGGUGGACGGGGGGAAGUCGGACUCGGCGGCGAGCUCGCUCUACCAGCCGCACCACCUGCCCGGCGGCGGCAUCGGCGACCCGCCCGGCGGCCUGGGCAAGCAGAAGGAGGGCUUCAGCAACCUGGGCUACAGCCGGUCCAACAACAGCACGCUGAAGCUGGAGGUGGACAACAACCACGUCAACCACCGGCUGCACGCCGCACAUCCGCCCGCCAGGGAGCCGGAGGACAGGCAGGCCAGCGCACCGCCCGCGGACGGAGGCGUGUACAUCAUCCAGCCCGCCGGCCCGAGGUGGGCGGCGCAGGACAACGGGCCGAGCCAGGUGCCGGUUUACCCCGAAACGCGGGAGCACGAGCGCCGAAGGGGCCGCGACGACAACGGGUGGGGCCGCCCCGCCGGCGACGGGAGCCUGUCGGCGGACGAGGGCGUGGGGGGGACGCCGGAGUACCUGUGCGACACGGGGGACGAGGGCAGCGUGCUGUCGGUGGAGAUCCACACCAGCACCACCAGCCUGUCUUCGGCCGACACCAGGGACGAGCUCAGGCCCCCCAAGACCCCGGACGUCUCCACCGUGGAGAGCGGGAUCUCGGUGAUGAAGAGCGAGGACGAGGAGGAGGGGGAGGAGCUGCACAGCGUCACAGACUCGAUGGUGGCGGAGGCCCUCGCCGCUUUGGAGGCCGCCACCGCCGGGGAGGACAGCGAGUGACGAAACCCCCCCCCCUGCCCCCACCUCACCUCACCUCACCUCACCUCACGGGACACGUUCAAAGACCACAGAGUUCUGAUUUACAAGCAGAAAGUGGAACGAAUGAAGGAAAACUGCUGUUAUUUUUGUUUAUGCUUUCGUCAGCUCCGACGUAUGAAGGACGCCACUUUCCCGACGCCGACACUUUUUGUGUCGCGUGUGUUUCACACUCCACGGCCUUAAACGGGCCUUCACGUAUCCGCACUGCCCUCGUAGGGGUCUCAUCACGUUUGCUUCAUCCCGGGGCGUCGCCACGCCGACGGAGCGCACGUUUCCUCGGUUCUUGCCGUAGCUCGCCGCCUCUCUCCGAGAGUCUCGCCCUCGUCCCGCUGAGCCGACGGGAGAAGAAAAGGUCACGUUUUCUUUUCUUUUUAUACCCGCGUUUGUGUCUCUAUUCCGCGUCUUCCGCUGUUAUUUAUAAUAUCGCCGCACCGCCUUCGCUUUGUUGUGAGAAAAGGAACCGGAUGUUAUUUAUGAAUCUGUCGUCGUUGAUUUAUUCGGGAUCAAACGUAAUGAAUAUCGUGUCAACUUAAAAUAGUUUUUCCGCAGGUUACUAAAAGGAAGAUGCGCCCCCCCCCCCUCCACGUUUCACUGAUUGAUUCAAUGACAUUUUUACGUUUUUACAGUUUUUCAUCCACGGCUGAACCGUGAGCUUCACUAGACCAGUUGACGUAAAAUGAUUGGCGAUUAAACCUUUUUUUUAAAUCCAUUUCAUAGGUCAGGUGUUGUGCCCAUGACAUUAGUUCACUCGCGUCCCUUUGGACGAACUAAUUGAGGCCAGCCGGUGCGAAGCGACGAGUGCGUUAAUGCUAAAUAAACCGUCCAAUGAGGUUCUGGAUGCCGCCUUUUCUCUCAUUAUUUGCCCGCCAAAUCCUUCCUAAAUAUUAUAUUUGUAUUGUAAAAUAAAGGAAAGCACUUUU